GCAGCGACAUCGCACCCAGCUGUCCGCUUCUGGCCAAGGGUCUGCGCUUCGUCAUGGCCGAUGGGGAAGAAAUUCCUCCAAUGCCUACAUGACCUCGGAAGCUCGAAACUGUCGCGUGCAAAAAAGUCUUGUGCUUGACAACUACACAUCAUAAUGGCUGCCAGAACACUUCGCAUUGGUCUGAUUCCUGGUGACGGUAUUGGCCGUGAGGUUAUCCCGGCUGGUCGGAGAAUCCUUGAAGCACUCCCAGCUUCACUCGGCCUUAAGUUUUCAUUUGUUGAUCUCGAGGCUGGCUUCGACACCUUCAAGCAGACCGGCGUUGCGCUGCCCGACAAGACUGUCGAGAUCUUGAAGAAAGAGUGUGAUGGAGCUCUUUUCGGCGCUGUCAGCUCGCCAACGACUCCUACCAAAGGCUACAGCAGCCCCAUUGUCGCGCUGCGCAAACGGCUAGACCUGUACGCGAACGUGCGACCCGUCAAAUCUGUUGUCCCUUCUGCUGCAUUCCCCGAUCCGAUCGAUCUCGUCAUUGUGCGCGAGAACACCGAGGAUCUCUAUGUGAAAGAGGAGAAGACAUAUGAUGGACCCAAUGGAAAGGUCGCGGAGGCUAUCAAGCGCAUCUCGGAGCAUGCCUCGUCACGCAUUGCGAUCAUGGCAGGCGAGAUCGCUUUGCGCCGACAGCGGGUCCGAAACGCCAGCGGAGAUGCUAGCAGACAGGCGAUGGUGACCAUCACCCACAAGAGCAAUGUUCUAUCACAGACAGAUGGCUUGUUCCGUGCCACUGCACGAGCUGCACUUGAGCAAGCCAAGUUCAAGGAUGGCGGAGUCGUGAUCGACGAGCAGAUCGUCGACUCCAUGGUCUACAAGCUUUUCCGAGAGCCAAGCACCUACGACGUGAUUGUUGCACCAAACCUUUACGGUGACAUUUUAUCCGAUGGUGCUGCUGCCUUAGUCGGUUCGCUAGGCCUUGUGCCAUCGGCCAACGUGGGCGAGGGUUUCGCGAUUGGUGAGCCGUGCCACGGUUCUGCGCCAGACAUCCAAGGCAAAGGCAUUGCCAACCCGAUCGCCACUCUCCGCAGUGUCGCAUUGAUGCUGGAAUUCCUCAACCAGGAGGAGGCUGCUGCCAAGAUUUACCAGGCUGUUGAUGGUAACUUGUUGGAGGGCAAGUACCUCAGCCCAGACAUGGGCGGCAAGGCCACCACCGACCAGGUUGUUGAAGAUAUCAUCAAGCGUUUGUAG